GCUUCUGUCUGCCCACCCCGGAUGUCCUGUGCGUGUUGAGGGGAGGGGGAAGGCCUCGCGCCCAUUGGACUCGGAAAUACUUCAAGGCGAUUAAAAAGAAAAAAACAUCACACAUACACCGGCACCGCGUUUACAUUUUGAACUGCUAUCGCCUGCGGUCGGUGGGAUCUUACAUGCACGUCUGCGGCGCUUAACCCGUGAGCCACCUCGCCAUGGACUUCAACAUGAAGAAGUUAGCGUCUGACGCUGGCACGUUCUUCACCCGCGCCGUUCAGUUUACAGAGGAGAAGCUCGGUGGGGCGGAGCGCACCGAGCUCGACGCGCACUUUGAGAACCUGAUGACGCGAGCGGACAGCACCAAGAACUGGACGGAGAAGAUCAUGCGGCAGACGGAGGUGGUGCUGCAGCCCAACCCAACGGCACGGGUGGAGGAGUUCGUGUACGAGAAGCUGGAGAAGAAGGGACCUGCCCGACAACGCACGGUGGAGCUGCUGGGCCAGUACAUGACCGAUGCUGGCAAUGACUUUGGUGCAGGAACCCCCUAUGGCGGAGCCCUCAUCAAGGUCGGCGAGUCGCAGAAGCUGUUGGGCCUGGCCGAGAAGGAGUUUGUCCAGGCGUCCACCAUCAACUUCCUCACCCCUCUGCGCAACUUCCUGGAGGGUGACUACAAGGCAAUGGCGAAAGAGCGCAAGUUACUCCAGAACAAACGCUUGGAUCUGGACGCAUCGAAAACAAGGCUGAGGAAAGCCAAGGCUGCCGAGGCGAGAGCCAGCGAUGAGCCAGACAUUCGAGAGACUAGGCCUCGCAAUGUUGUGUUCUGGGCCAGUAUGGCAGGGCUCGCAACGGGCACAGAGGAAGGAGAUAAAGCCCUGGCGAUGUGGACAAAGGAGGUCUCCAAAGGUGAGCAGGAGGUGCGUGUGGCUCAGGCGGAGUUUGACAGGCAGGCCGAGAUCACACGGCUUCUCCUGGAGGGGAUCAGCACCACACACGCGAAUCACCUUAGAUGUCUCAACGAGUUCGUGGAGGCCCAGAUGACGUACUAUGCCCAGUGCUACCAGUACAUGGUGGACCUACAGAAGCAAAUGGGAAGUUUCCCGACGACGUUCCUGCCCAACAGCAGCGCGCCGCUGCCGCCCGUCACGGUGCCGAUCCCGGCCGCCCCGCCUGGCGCGUCGGAGCUCACGGCGGCCGAGCUGCAGCCGGCGAGCGGAACACGGCGCGCACGUGUCCUCUACGACUACGACGCUGGCGACAGCAGCGAGCUCUCACUGCUCGCGGACGAGAUGAUCACGGUGUACAGCGUGCCUGGGCUGGGUUCCGACUGGCUCAUGAGCGAGCGCGGGACACAGAAGGGCAAGGUGCCUGUGGCUUACCUCGAGCUACUCAAGUGAAGCAGACAAACGCUUGCCGUGAAGCACAGCACCUCUUGCAAGCACGCACGCAUGCACGCACACCCCAGUCGCCGUCACGGUCGCACUGCCAGUUGACGUUGGCAAGGGUACUCUGCGGACACUUCCGCAACUGGCUUAUGCGCAGCGCAGAUGGCAGUUGUGAUUACCGUUGCCGCGUUUUUGAUAUGUAUUUUUUCUCUCUAUUUUCAUUUCAAAGUGCUGCUCUGCAGAUGCGUGCUUGGCUUACUACGGGCAAAGUGCUCAUUGUUCCGAUCGGUGCAAGUGCAGGAGGGGAGGGUUAUGAGAUUCUGACAGAGCCACGCAUUGGUAGGCACGUUUGGCAGACAAUUGAACACUUGUCUUUUCUCUUUGGGCAACUUUGCCAUUUCUAAUAGCAGACUUUAAAUCCCAUGCUUUAAAUGCGCAGGCAUAUGUAUUCUUUUUGCACAUUUAUUAUCCUUAAUAUUGACUUUUACACUUUAAUUUGAAUAAAUGUAUUUAUAUGCAUGGCUUAACGCAGAGUCCUAAACUAAAUACCGUUAAUUUCCCAAAGCUCUGACUUUGAAUUAUUACGUUUAGUUUCACUUAGGUCUUAAUUACGUGUAACAAUUCCACAGAGGUGCUGUUAUCAUUUACAGGGAAAAUUACUUGCAAUCAUUGCAGGAUACGGUCCAUCUCACCAACCGCAAUGCGGCUUCUUCUGCUGAGCUAUGUGCCACGUGAUUAUUUCUAGCAGACUCUACCCUAGCAGGUGGCUGUGAGAUUUGAACUGUCCACAUACUGCUAACUUACUCAAGUGUUAAGAUCUAUUUAGUCAGCCAAUUAUAUAUAAUUGCAUUUAGUCAUUUUGAGCUUAAUCAGAUGUAGUAGUUCCACUGUUAUUCUUAUACUACCCGGAUUGUUUAAGAUGAUGCCUCAAUAUGGAUGUGAUAUGGACCAAUUUGUAACUGCUGUAAUUUUCAAAUGGAUUAAAUGGACCAAUAAUACUGGCAUGAAUAAAUAAAAAAAACUGGUCAAUUAAGAUAGAAUCGAUGGAAAUUAUUAAAUAUAUAAAAUCAUGGGAAAAUCUGCACAUUUAGCGUGAAAUAAUGUGGUGAUUUCUGAGCAAUAUACUUGUUUACCAGACACUUUGUACUCCCAUGCAAACUGAAGUAUGCUCAAUUAAAAAAAUGCCUUUAAAAAAUAAAGGGAAGAUUUAGGAACACUGACAGAUAUCUUCACUGACAGUCGAUUUAAAGAGACUGCCAUUACCUUAAACGUAAUUUAGAUGCCACAGUGAAAAUGAUACAUAUUUCACGAUUUGAUUCCUCAUGGGGAUGGUUUUCCUCGCACUUGUAUGCUGUGCGCAUUGUUGUGUUUGUUGAGAAAUGCAUUUCUGCAAUCAAAGAUUGAUUGUGUAGAUUUAUUGCACAAGCCUUGUAAUUUUUUCCAACCCUCAUCGGUUUUUAAAGUGUAAUUUUAAUUACGUACUUGCGUUUGAUAUUACGUCUGUAUUUUUGUUUGAGUACUUGUUUGACAAAAAAAAACAUGUUGUCACUUUCUGAAUAUUGAAAUGUAAAAAAGCAAGCACUGCCCAAAAACCGAGACAAAGAUAAAUUGUACCAAUAGGCGCUCCAACAUCAUUGUUCACUUCCGUUCCUUUGCUAAGCUUAAACUAUAAUUAGUUAACGUGGGAGAAUGUCAGCGGGAGUAAUGGAGUGGCUAUGACAGGAUAUUUAAAAAGGGAUAAACCAGAUAUAUAUUAAAAAAGUGUCUCUUCUCAUUCGUUAAGUUACCGUUCACUCGAAAAGUCGGUGGCUUCUUUUGGCUCCACGAAUUAAAUGCUGUACCCAACGUAACGAUAACGAAUGCACGCAUUGCCGAGGAUGCCUGAUCGUGGGUAAUAAAUUGGGCGGCGGGGUCGGCGGGAGGGAGGAAACGGGAAUUGUAAAAAAAAGAAACCAUUGCCCGUUAACAAACACGACAAAAAACAACGGCAAUGAUGCACAGGAGUUGGGUUGUUGGAUUUCCUUUUGUUGAUGGGACGGGGGGUUCGCGAGCCGACGUGGAGUUGAGAAGUCUCCAAAGUAACAUUUACUUAAAACAUCCUUCGGCAUCCAUCUAUCGUCCUUCGUCUGUAAAAAAUUUCGGGCUUUGCUGUUGCCGGUCGAUUUUGUUGACGGAAAGAGAAAAGACGUAGAAUUUAACAAAACAAAGCUCUCUCUCUCCCAAGGUAUUUCAUAAUGAACAUCUAUUCUUCUGUAGGUGACACACGGUCAUAUAAAGUGCCUGACAACUUAAUGAUUUAUUUUUCAUGACCUUUCUAAGCCAUAACAUGAAAAAAAGAUCUCCCUCAUAAAAAAACGAAAAUUGGCAUCAUACAUUUUCUCAGAAUACGGAUGUGCUGCUGCUGCUGCUGCGGCCGUGUCUGAAGGGGCGCCACGGUGGUGAGAUGUUAACUACCUCGCCUGGUAUACAGGAGGUCGUGGGUACGAGCCCGACUCUCACGCCUGCUGUAUAUUUGGAGUUUGCAUGUCUCUCCCCGCGGUCACGUGGAUUUUCACUUCCAAUUUAGGAUGCGUUUCCAGUAUUUGGCUGCUAUACAUUUCCACAUGAUAAGCCACUUCGUUGAGCUAUCAUUUAUGGGCAGGUCGCUUCUGAAAAAGAGCUGUAUAGCUCAGCGGGCCUUACCUGGUAAAGAAAAAAGUGUAAAGUUUAGUUUUAGUUUAUGCUGGGUAUUUCGCGAACAAGAUUGCUAUGCAUAUUUGCCAGCCACUGACAAUGGCAUGCGCUUUACUCUUGACACUCGCAAUCGUGACAAUUGCGAGUUGUCCUUCAAUGUGUAAAGUUUAGUGACGUCGUUCGAUGUCGAAGAUCUUCUGUGAUGUCCUCGUGAUGCUUGUUUCUCAGUCUUGUCUAAACUAAGCAUGCUAUUUGUAAGAAUGAUGUUUGUUGCUCUCUCUGUGUGGGUGUGUGUUUGCAUGUGUAGGGAU